AUGAAUAAACAAAGUUUAUUAGAAUUUAAAGUAUAUAUCUGCUAAAACGCUCAAUGUUAAGUAAGAUAAGAUCAUUUUUUACCAUUACAAUAAAUGAUAUAGUGCUAAUAUUAUCACAAUAAUAGUGAUAAAAGAAGAAACAGUAAUAAUUAUAAACCAAUAUACAUAUCUGAUUCAAAUAAUGAGGCGAAUGACUUUUGUAAUAAUAUUAUUGAAUAUUUGUAUCAUCCUAGAAUAUAUGGGACUCUGCCGUGCAAAUUUUAAAAGUAAAAAUAAAAAUAAAUAAAAUAAACUCAGAUCUUAGAAUUGUAAAGCUCAACAUUGUCCAUUUAAGCAUGAUGAAAAUCAUAUAAAAUAAGCAUUUCAAUACAAAAUAUUCACAAAAUUAAAUUAGAUCUUGGAGAGCAAAUCAAAGGAAAAUGAUGUAUGAUAUAUAUUAAAAUAUUUAGUUAUUAUUUAAUUCUAAAAAAUACAUUCAACGCAUAGAAAUCAAUUAGUUUGAAGAUUUGAAACACGAAUUUAAACAAUUUAAGGAGAUUCGAAUGGAUUUGAUAAUGAAUUACAUAUGUGCUUUUUUGAACUCUUAAGGCGGAAUCUUAUAUAUAGGAAUAACAGAUAAAGGAGUAGCUUAAGGAAUCAAAAUGACAAGGAAGUAAAAGGAUGACUUUCAAAUUGAAUUCGACAACAUUUUGAGACACUUUGAUCCAAUUGUUCUACCUUAGUAAGUUGAAUUAAUGUUUGUUCCUAUUUACAAAGAUGAGCUAGUAAUGAUAUAGGAUUUAUUUGUUAUUGAGAUAAAAAUAAAUGUUGUCGAUAAAAAAUAAUUAUAUUUCACCAAUUAAAAUGAGGCCUAUAUCAAGAGAAAUGCUACAAUUAAUUAGUUGAAGCCUAAAGAAAUAAAGUAAUAUUAUUUAUUGUAUAAAAAGAGAUCUGGUGCUUCUUAAGUAGAUGAGUUGA